UUUAUAGAGUUGGUGAUGCACGUGAAUCCGAUGUAGGAGAAAUAUUUAACGGAAGUGAGUGGCUAAACUCUAAAGAGAGACGGCAAUGGCAUGCAACGUGGAACUUGCAGAACUCAUCAUCUCAUUCAUCGGUUUCAUCGUCACGCUCAACCUUCUCAUCUCCCUCGCCACAUGGAUCUUCCACACCUCUUUCCGAUCCCAGAAGGACCUCGCCCGAGCCUACGGCUCCUGGGCUCUGGUCACCGGCGCCACCGACGGCAUCGGAAAAGCCUUCGCCCACCAGCUCGCGCGGCGGGGCCUCAACCUCAUUCUCGUCAGCAGAACCAUCCAGAAGCUCCAAACGGUAGCAUGCGAAAUCAAAGCGGAAAACCCCGAGAGGCGCGUGAAGGUGGUAGAGAUGGACUUCGGCGGCGACGACGUGCGGGAGGGUCUCCGGCGAGUGGAGGAGGCGUGCGAGGGGUUGGAGGUUGGGGUUGUGAUCAACAACGUGGGAAUGACGUACCCGAGAGCGAUGUGGUUUCAUGAAGUGGAGGAGAAGGUUUGGAGGAAGAUAGUGAGAGUGAACAUGGAAGGAACGACGAGUGUGACGAAGGUGGUUCUGAAGGGAAUGCUAGAACGGAGAAGAGGUGCCAUCGUUAACAUUGGAUCGGCUGCUGCGGUGGUUGUGCCUUCGCAUCCUCUCUUUACAAUCUAUGCUGCUACCAAAGCUUACGUGGACCAGUUAUCAAGAUCUCUAUACGUGGAGUAUGGACAAUAUGGGAUACAUGUGCAAUGUCAGGUACCACUGUACGUUGCAACGAAUAUGGCAUCAGGGGUGGCAUCUAUUGAGAGAGCUUCUCUGUUUGUACCAACAGCUGAGGCCUAUGCAAGAGCUGCAAUUCGUGAAAUUGGGCUAAAACCAAGGUGCACACCUUAUUGGGCUCACUCAAUUCAGUGGUGUUUAGCAAACUUCAUCCCUGAUCCACUCCUUGAUGCUUGGCGCUUGUCCAUUGGAAUGCGCCGCAGGAAUCAAAAGGAACACUGAAUUCAGGACUACGUUCCUCACUUAUAAUAGGAAUAAAGGAAUUCUCACUUCAAUGUUAUUUGUAUCAUUUUUUUUUGGGAAAUUUCUAUGAGUUACUUUUCUUUUAUGUAGUUUUGGAAUACAUUGAAUGUAAAUUUACCUUAUUUAUACUAA